CAGGACACAUUAUUGAGUGACACACAACAGCUAAAGGACCAACCUCUUUCCAUUUUUUUUAGCAGCAGCUCGUCAUAUUAAUUCAGCUGACAGACUUCCCAAUGUAUGGCAACCAAAUUAUCCCAGGAAUAUAAGGAAGUUUUUCAGCCCCAUGGGCAGUGUUCUGGCUUUGUCUUCCGGUCCGGGCCACCAGAACUGGCCAUUUUCCACGGACCACCCUCCUUCUCGCUGGGAUGCACAUCCGGCUCAUUGGUACAGCCCGCCACGCUGGGAGAGGAGAGAUGGACGGCUACCUAACCCAGGCAGCUUUCACUCCCUACACAGGAGUUGCAAAGAUGUAUUUCCUCAACAGAUUGAGGGAGUCAAGAUGAUUGUCAACAAAACUCUUAGCAGCUUUUUCAAGGUCAGUCAUACUCUCCACCUCAGUGCCGUCAGUCCUUCAUAUUAUCGAUUCCAUGUGGAACAUCUGCAAUCUGACGACUACAGCAAGGACAAGGAUGCACCUGCAUUAAUUGGCGAGAUGGAUUCCUCAGGCAGUCUGAAUGCUCAUGCUCUGCUGCAUCUCACUGAGCGUGUGCGAGCCAGAUCCGUGUUCCAGACCCAGCAGUCACAGUUUGUAACGUGGCAGUUUGAAACCGAAUACAGAGGGAGUGACUUCACUGCUGCUGUCACGGUGGCUAACCCAGAUGUUCUUAGAGAAUCAGUUAUCCUUGUGGCUCACUUCCUUCAGAGUGUGUCAUCUAAUCUGGUGUUAGGAGGGGAGCUUGUCUACCACAGAGGCAGAGCAGAAGAGGGUGGAAUCCUUACACUGGCAGGACAGUAUUCAAGCCCAACGUGGGUGGCAACACUGAAUGCUGGGAAAGGAGGAGCCCAUGCUAGCUACUAUCACAGAGCCAACAAACAUAUCCAAGUAGGGGUGGAGUUUGAAGCUAGUACCAGGACUCAGGAGACCACAACCUCAUUUGGCUAUCAGAUGGAACUCCCAGAGGCCAACAUGGUUUUUCGAGGUAUGAUUAACAGUCGGUGCAUCAUAGGAGGCGUACUGGAGAAGCGCCUGAGCCCGCUCCCUGCCACUCUGAUCAUGGGUGCAUUUGUAAACCACCGUGGUGACAAGCUGCAAGUAGGUCUUGGUGUCAGUGUGGGACAAUAGUCCACUUUUUCCCUAGUGGUUGACUUGUCAGGGAAAAAAACACCAAGAUACCUGCUUCCAGGUCUUCAUCCUGGGACUCUUGGGAGCUGAGUACCAGAUUGUCAGAUCGUUUGCGUCUUGAGUCCGAGAACAAUUCCUGAAUUCUUGUCUUGCAAUCUACCUCUAAAAAAAGGAGGAGCGUUAUUUUAUUAUUGGGUUUUUUUUUGGUUGCCGUCCAAUUUAAUGGGAAUAAUUAGUUGAACUUACUAAGGGACACAUUUACUAAGAAUUUUGUUACAAGAGACUGUAAUGUAAAUAGAGACUAUCAUGCAACAACAAUGCUAUUGUUAUGUUUUUGCCCAUUACUGGAAUGUUUGCUAAUUUUCAGCGUAUUACAACACAAUGUUAAUAUAAUUUUAACUUGACAAACUUGCUUUUGGGAGACGAUAUCCUCUUGUCCCACUGGGUUAGUACAGUACUGUUGGCUUUUGUGCUAACAUGAGUGAACAGGAAGGACAAUGUGUGGGAUUUUCGCAUAAACACUCCAGUUUGAAAAAAAAGGUUGUGUCCCCAGAGGACCCAAAAUAUUGCUGUGUGUGUGUGUCAACAAUGCUACCGUGUAAAAGUAUACAAAAGGUGCUGUUAUAGACCAAUGAGAGGACCAAGUAUUGAACUAUAUGAAACAUACCGUAAAUGCUCUAAUUAUAGCCGGUGUGUUUAUUUACCUAAAACACAAAGGGCGUUCAUUUGAAGCAACUGAUAAUUGUAUAAUUGUAUAACAUGACUUUUUAAAAUGUUAAUAAUGACUUGGAUGGCUUUCUUAGAUAGCGCUCUUUGACCAUAUCGCCAUUUAUUCACAAGUAUACAACAGCAGUAACAAAACCAAUGUUGUAAUAGUGGUAAGGGGCAAACUGCUCAGCCAGCAUUAUUACCAUUGAUGAAUUCAAGUGUAAGAUGAAUGAGUUUCAUACCAACAGAUGAGAAGCGCAAACGACAUUUUAAAGUGCACACAGAGCGAGAUAAAGCUGCUAAAUGAUGACUUCAAAUGCAUUCAAUUACAUUGUUUAUUGACGCGGUGGUAAUUAAACACCCCAGCAAUUUUUUUUUUCGUUAGUAGACCACACAACAGGCAACUCUGUGGUAGAUAGACCAGAGGCGUUAAUUGGAGCAAUUACGGUAAGUGGCAAUACUGUAUCAUACAGUAUGAUGCAACCUGCACUACUGCACGCUCGGAUUAUGUGUUAUUUGCUUAUUUAUAUGUUAUUUAACAGAGCGGCAUUGAAGGGAUUAACUGCAUAUUUGGAAAUACUUUAAUAAACUAUGUUAUUUCUAUUACA